AUGCCUCAAGGCAACCGUGCACCCACUAACGGCAAAGAGAUAAGAUCGCUGAGCGAACAGGAGAGGAGGAGAUCUGUGAAUUACAGCUCUCAGUACCCAAUAAGGUCGUGGGGGAAUAACGGGAGGAUUCAGGAAAAUCAGUUGACCGAUUCUCCCAUGUUUCCUCGCAGCCCGUGCCGUGAGGGCACUGAUGAGACGGCCCUGGCCAAUCGCACGGCGGUGAGGGAAUUCCUCCUGCUGGGAUUUUCAGAAGUCCGGGAGCUGCAGUUGGUCCAUGCCGCGCUGUUCCUCCUGGUCUACCUGGCGGCCCUAACGGGGAAUCUCCUCAUCGUCAACGUCACCGCCCUCGACCGGCGCCUCCACACCCCCAUGUACUGCUUCCUCAGGAACCUGUCCAUCCUCGACCUCUGCCUCAUCUCUGUCACCGUCCCCAACUCCGUCAUCAACUCCCUGACCAACAACAGAUCCAUCUCCUUCGUGGGCUGUGUCCUCCAAAUGUUUUUCUUUAUGUUUUUGGCUUCUGCCGAGCUGGCCUUCCUCACGGCGAUGUCCUACGACCGCUAUGUGGCCAUCUGCUUCCCCCUGCGCUACGAGAUCAUCAUGAGCAGAGGGGCCUGUGGGAAGAUGUCGGCCGCCUCCUGGCUCUGUGGAGGCCUCUCCGGCCUCAUGCACACAGCUGCCACCUUCUCUGCCCCCUUCUGCGGGUCCAACGCCAUCCGCCAGUUCUUCUGCGACGUUCCCCAGCUCCUGGCGCUCUCUGAUCCCAGUGGGAUCGUCCGAGAACUGGGAGUCACGGGCUUCAUUUUGGGUCUCUGCUUCUUCUGCUCUUUCUCCAUCGUCGUCUCGUACGCUCACAUCUUCUCGGCCGUGCUGAAGAUCCGCUCGGUUCGGGGCGGGCCCAGAGUCUUCUCCACCUGCCUGCCGCACCUCUCCGUGGUCUCCGUUUUCCUCUUAACCGGUGCCGUGGCCUUUCUGAAUCCGAGGUCGAACAGUUCACCAUUUCUUGAGCUUCUUCUGUCCAUGUUUUAUUCCGUGGUUCCCCCCGCCCUGAACCCUGUCAUCUACAGCCUGAGGAACAGGGACCUGAAGACCACCCUUGGGGAUAUUUUGGGUGGACUGUUGUUCAACUGUUGCUCAUAG